UUCAGUGUAAUAGGUAUGAAUGGUAAUAGAUGAACUACGUGUAAACUUCCAGUGCACUCUGCCCAGUUCAGAGGGCAAAGGAUGGAUCAAGCACUGACACUGCCUGUGGUGAUUGCGCUCUUAGCCGUGAUAGCCACCGGUCUCUAUCUCCUCCUGAAAGCGGGACGUCCUGCUGGGGGAGAGAGUCGGAGCAGGUUCCCCAGAACGCUACAGGACCCCACUGUGAAAUACUCACUGCCCCUCACAGAGAAGGAGGAAAUUACCCAUGACACUAAGAGAUUCCGCUUUGGCCUCCCCUCCUCCAAACAUGUGCUCGGUCUUCCAGUUGGCCAGCAUGUGUAUCUAUCGGCUAAAGUCAGUGGGAAUCUGGUGAUCCGGGCCUAUACUCCAGUCUCCAGCGACGACGACCAGGGCUUUGUUGAUCUGGUUGUAAAGGUCUACUAUAAAAACACCCACCCAAACUACCCCGAUGGGGGCAAAAUGUCUCAGUACCUGAAUGAUAUGAAGAUUGGUGACACCAUCGAUGUACGAGGUCCCAACGGCCUGCUGGUGUACAAUGGCAAUGGUCAGUUUGCUAUUCGGCCUGAUAAGAAAUCCGACGCCAAGGUGCGGCAGUUCAAGCGCGUGGGCAUGAUCGCCGGUGGCACCGGCGUGACCCCAAUGCUCCAGCUUAUUCGCAGUAUAACAGCAGACCCUGCAGACAGCACCGAGUGCGCCCUUAUCUUUGCUAACCAGACGGAGAAGGACAUACUACUGAGACACGAGUUAGAGGAGGUUUUGAAGAGUCACUCUGAUCAGGUCAAGCUGUGGUACACACUAGACAAGACCCCGCAGGGUUGGAAGUACAGCACAGGAUUCAUUGAUGCUGCAAUGAUAAAAGACCACCUUCCUCCUCCGGCCAAUGACGUGCUGAUUGUGAUGUGUGGCCCGCCCCCCAUGAUCCAGUAUGCGUGCCAGCCAAACCUCACUAAGCUUGGCUACAAGCCAGAAAACACCUUUGUGUACUAAGGCCACCUGAUGAGUUCAUACACAGUACAGGUGUUGAUAAAGUCUAUACAGUAUAUUGUAUCGGACAUGUUGUUGAAGACCCUGUUUAACCCACACAGAAAUAAAAUUUUUGGUAUAGUUUUCACCGAUGUGUACAAGACAAUUAUUUCUGAAACAUUUAGAACGAUCAC